AUGACUGACAUUGCUAAGUCUUCGGCAGCCGCACAGCAUGCCUACGGCAAGGAUGAACGACCGGCCGGUCGCCUGCCAACCCCUGAGCCUACUCCGGGUGUUGAAGAUGGCAGGAUCGCAGCAGAUAUUGCCCGAAGGGCCGCGGAAGCUGCCCAGCACCAAUCUCCAUCCGCAUCUGCAAAGCCGCCUACUCAGUCGCCCCAGGACGCUAUCAAAGCCGUAGACGAAGAGAUUGAGCGAAUAAUGAAGUGUCCAAAGGAUGCACACGCCGAGAUCUUGUCAAUAGAUCCCGACUCAUCUGACGCUGACAAGCUGAUGGCGUGGCGACGCUUGGGCUGUAUGACGCAUCCACACUAUUGCCAGCAAAAGGGCGCCGAGGACGCGUUCAAGAAGCUGCAAGAUGCCGCAAGCAAAAUCGGUGUAGACCAGCCGUUCAUCGGCGAGGUGUACUCAUGGGACGGUAAAGCCGACUUGCAAGCGGAUGAUGACUCUGACGGAGAGGAGACGGACGAUGAGCCCGGGAUGGAGGAAGACGAUAUACCCAUCCCACCUACACGUGUGAACGACGCCUAUCGUGAAGCGACACCCUUUCUGUACAAGCUGGGGGAAAAUCCCGAAGAUCAAGCUGUGCUGAAGCAGCUGAAAGAGAUCAACGACCGGAUCAAAGGAGGAAACAGAUCCCAAAACGCCAACACAGAGAACGAGAGCGAAUGCGUCUCCGACAGUCAGUGGUUGAUCCCGGCUUCAUUCUUCGGACCUCACUACAAGGUAGUGCUGGAAGGGUAUCGCAUCCUGCACGACGAUCCAGAGAACCAGACCGCAAGGGCCCGUAUAUCUUCAGAGAAGAAACUCAUAGAUGCGCUGAUCAAUACGCACCAUUUCCCAGCGGAAUGGACAGUCACGUCAGCAGACGAGUACUUGAAGCAGAGACAGGCCGGCGUUGCCUCGACAGCCGCCGCGACAGCCGAAAUUCCCAAGCAAGAGGCUGUACACGUCGAGUACCCUUGGCCCACUGCGAGAGCGGCAGACGGAGGUCUGAUCGUUGGCGUGCGACGGCAUGGUCCAUGGUGCACCCAGGUGUGCAUCGAGAGGGUCGAGCAAGGCGGGCAAGUUAUUCGCCGUCUUGAACCCGCGUCAGAGGUCGGGCUUCUCGAGGGGGAGAAGUAUAAGGCCACAGAUGGCCACAAAGUCUUGAGCGAUGGCCAGUCGACAUGGUCCAACAAGGACAGGAGUGAUUUCGAGGAGCUGCUGUGGGUGACAAAGUCGCAAACGCAACGCAAGAAUCGAGCGGCAGGGAGCAAGGAUCCGGCCGCAGACUGUUGUGUCCGAUUUCGCAAGAGGGGUAUCAACAUCUUGACCGCAACAAGCUUGGGAAGAGUCCUUGGAACGGCCAGUGCAAACGCUCAAAUCGACAACAUCUGCAAGAGAGAUGGUAUACUUCCGCCCUGGCAAGCCGGAUACGUGAGCUCUUUCGAGGAUCCUGCAAAGGUCGAAAAGGACCCCGUGCGCCGGAGGGCCCUCAAAAACUCUCAGGCAAGACAAUCAUCAACUUCGGGCAGACAGCCACGAAGGCAGCGCAGCCACAGUGACAGCUCGGAAGGCGAGCCGGACCCGUCGGAUGCGAGCGAGCAGCGACUGCAAAAGCGGCUGGAAGCCAUGAUGAUUGAUGUUGCCGAAACGCAAAAGACCAUAAACAAGACAAUGGCCACAAUGGCAGAGAUGUUCGAACGAUUCAUGCGGGCGAACAUGGCUUCUCUCGAGGCAUCCAGCAAAUAA